AUGGACACAGAUGGUGGUGAGUGUGAGGAGCAUUUAGACGAUGGCAGGUUGCGGUUUUCUUGGGAAGAUGACCCGGGUUAUUUUAGCGAAGAGCCGGAUGAGGAAGUGGAUGAGGAUGACUAUUUGUUUGAUGAUGCUGCUGAUGAUGAGGAUGAUGCUGAUGAUGGUGAUGGUGGUGAUGAUGAUGCUGAUGAUGAUGAUGAUGAAUAUGGUGGUGUUUAUGGCGUUGGUGGUUUUGGUGGUGAUGACUAUGACCGAAAGUUUUGGAAAAUGUAUGGUCCAGCCAUAGACGCCAAGAUAAGGGAACGGGAGCGGUUGAUGAAGGCCGUCUUCAAGCCGCCGUCCAUCCGCGCUCCGAAUCUGCGGUUCCUCUUCUUCCCCACCCGCAAGGCGUGUAAUGCGCCCACACUGGCUGCACUGCAGCAGGACUACCCCGCCCUGGCGCUCUACUGUGUGGUGGACCGCUCCUUCUACUGGGAGAGGAAAGGGGUGCCUUUGAGCAAUGGGCCGCUGGAGCAUGUGAGGCGGGCCAAAAGUGGGGUGUGGGAUGAAGAGGAGGGGGAGAAGCGGCCCAAGAAAGUGAGGGAGAAGAUGCACACUCGAGCAUGGCGGGAGUCUGACAGCUAUGUUCGAUCGAGAUUCACGCUGUUCAGAGCAGGCCAGGAGCGGUUGAUGAAGGCCGUCUUCAAGCCGCCGUCCAUCCGCGCUCCGAAUCUGCGGUUCCUCUUCUUCCCCACCCGCAAGGCGUGUAAUGCGCCCACACUGGCUGCACUGCGGCAGGACUACCCCGCCCUGGCGCUCUACUGUGUGGUGGACCGCUCCUUCUACUGGGAGAGGAAAGGCAAGACGGUGAGCAAUGCGCCGUUGGAGCAUGUGAGGCGGGCCAAGAGUGGGGUGUGGGAUGAAGAGGUGUGGGAGAUGCGGGCCAAGAAUUUGAGGGAGAAGAUGCACAGUGUGAAUUGGAAGCUGGUGGAGGGGUACUGUGCUGGGGAGGACCAGGUGUACGUGCUGCAAUACCAGUGA